AUGGACCUGCAGCAUUUCUUCGCCUCGGUGGGCCCGACGGCCAAUGGGAUUUUUUUCGUUCAUCGCAUGGACGGACGCUCGAGCGGGGAGGCCUUUGUGGUGCUGCACAGUCAAGAGGCAGUGCGCCAGGCGCUAAUGCAAGACAAGCAAAAAAUGGGCUCGCGCUGGCUGGACAUCUUCGAGUCCCACCCGGGGGAGCUGUUCUCUCGCGUGGGCGCGGCGGCCGUGACGCUGGGCGCCAAGGAUGACGUGGGCUAUGCAGGAGUGUUGAAAAUGCGGGGGCUGCCCUUCCAAACCACCGUCCCCGACGUUGCCACCUGGUUCGGCUCCUACCGCGUGGCGCCUCACGGGGUAUUCAUCACCAUGGGCGCGGACGGACGGCCAACGGGGGAGGCCUACGUGAUCUUCGAGACGCCUGAGGACGCAGUCGCGGCCCGAGAAGCCUUGAACAAGCAGACGAUGAACAACCGUUGGAUCGACUUGUAUCUGGCUUCGAAGGGUGACGUCUAUACUUCCACGGUACAUUCGCCCAUCGUGGGGCAGGCCCAUGGCGGGUGCCCGGUGUACGCGAACACGCCCAUGACCUGCGCGCGGCUCCGCGGUGUUCCUUCCACAGUGACGGAGGAAGAGCUCUUUCGGUUUUUCGCCGGCUUGCAGGUGAUUGGGCUCUACAUCUGUCGCGACUCCUCGGGGAGGGCCACGGGGGAGGCUUACGCCGAGUUUGGGUCCUUGGACGACUGCCAGCAGGCCAUGAGCCGGUCUUCGUACGGGGGCUCGUCGGGAUAUGGCGGGUAUGGCGGUGACUACCAGCAGAGCAGUGGGAGCUAUUACCAGGGCGGGUACGGCUCAAGUGGAGGCGGGUACGGCUCAAGUGGAGGCGGGUACGCCGGGGGAUAUGGACGCUAUUGA